AAAUGAUUCUUUGAAUAUACGUCGUGGCAUAAACAUAAAAUAGUACUAAUUUACAAAUAUUGUCUAAAAAUUGUUAUCACCCUGUAUAAUUCAAUACUUAUAACAUAAAGGAUAGAAAAUGGUUCCCGUUGUGAAAAGAAGACUAAUUAGCCUUAUUGGCGCCGGAAACAUUGGUGGAACCAUGGGAUUCUUGGCUCAGAUUGGUGAGCUUGCGGACGUUGUACUCUUUGAUGUAGUGCCAACCCUGGGAGCAGCAAAAGCACUCGAUACAAUGCACGCUGUAACAGUUGGAAACAAGGCAUUGAGCUGCAAAGGUACUUGCAAAUACGAGGACAUUGCUGGAAGUGAUGUCUGUAUCAUCACCGCUGGUCUGGCCAAGGCACCAGAAAAGUCAAAUAAGGAGUGGACAAGGGAUGACUUGGUAGGAUUCAACAGCAAAAUCAUCACAACCGUUGCUGAGAAUAUCAAAAAAUAUGCGCCAGAUGCCUUUGUGAUAUGCAUUACCAAUCCGAUGGAUGUAAUGACGAACAUCAUACGCGAGGUGACAGGAUUCCCAAAGAACAAGGUUGUAGGCAUGGGUGGUCUCCUGGAUUCGUCAAGAAUGUGCUACUAUAUUGCCCAAAAGCUUGGUGUUAAUCCAAAGUAUGUCCAUGGAUCUGUGAUUGGUGCACAUGGAGAUAGUAUGAUACCGCUAGUUUCACGUGCUACAAUUAAUGGAAUCCCAAUAAGCUACUUUGUUGAAAAGGGCGAUAUAACCGCUGAGGAUCUGAAGGAAAUUGAAGAACACACAAUUAGCUCUGGUGCUGAGCUCUUGAACCUCUAUGUCCAUGGAUCUGCAUAUUUUGCUCCUGCAACGGCUGCUAUUGAAAUGGCUUCUGCCUACCUUAAUGAUAAGAAAUCUGUUAUAGUCUGCUCAUGUUACCUCGAGGGAGAGUAUGGUUAUGAGGGCAUCUAUUGUGGUACUCCUGCCAUAAUUGGAGCCGGAGGUAUCGAGAAGAUUAUCGAACUAAACCUUGACAGCGCUGAGAAGGCAAGACUGGACGCAUCGAUUAAGGAGAUUAAGCGUCUCACCGCUCUUGUAUAG